AAGAAUUGGAGGAAGCAGGUGCCUUCGAUAUUCUUGCAAUUUAGUUGAUACCCUUAUAUUUUCACUUUUAUUCAGGUUCCUUUCUUGGAUUUGGUUUUGUUCAUUUGAGUAAUUAAACGUGCAUGGAUGUGACAACGGUCAUUUAGUGCAAGCGAGAAAGUGAGACAGACAGUCUGACAGAAACGAUAGAGAGAGCGAAAAGGUGCAGGACCAACCACCAGUGGUACACUCCGAUCGUCUUUAAAUACAUUCUUCAAGUGUUUACGAGCAUAAACCAAACCAGUCUUCAAAAAUCUAUUUAAAACAAUUCCAGAAGAUCGUGUGUGUAACUGAUAGCCCAAGUUUAGUUUUAUCUACCUUCAUUUCGACAGUGAUUGUGUCAUACAAGAACCUAUCUACACUCAGAAACUCGGAAAAUCACUUCGUGAUUCCCUUUUUCAUUUUUCUUUUCUCGUUUUAUAAAACUAUACCCUCGUCAAGGACGCAAUAUCAUACCGUCAUUGAAAUCGGUGUUCAGCCCACCACAUAGCGGUGACACCACGAACGCCUUUUGUUGAAACGCAACAGACGCCAAUAUUCGCUGACUCGGACUGACAGGAUCGCUUCGUGUUGUGUUCUGGGAAGGAAAAUGGCGGACCGAUUUGUCCCAAAGAGACGCAAGGGCAGGAAGAGCCAGGCUAUGCGUAUUGUGAGGACCAUUGGCCAAGCAUUCGAAGUGUGUCACAAACUGGGUGGUCAGUCCAGGCCAGCUUCAGAGCUCAAGGAAGACACCAGUGACCGGUCCUCGGAGGACAACGAAAGACGUGUGGCUAAUAAUUUCCCUGAAGCUAUCCUCUCCCCUGAGCUCUCCGGGGCAGCCCCGAGACAGUGCUGAGAACAGCGAUCAGCUACCACUGAGUCACCACCACCAGAUGCAGCUGGUCAGACAACAGUUGGAGCAACAGCAGCAUCAGACACAGGUGGCCAUAGCCCAGGUACAUUUGCUGAAGGACCAGCUUUCUGCGGAGACGGCUGCCCGGAUUGAGGCUCAGGCUCGAGCCCACCAACUUUUGCUUCACAACAAAGAUUUGCUUGACCACGUGACCGUAUUGGUGUCACGUGUCCAAGCUCUGGAGAUGAAAGUCCAGUCUGUGACGUCACACACUCAGCAGGAAGUCUAUCAAGUGACGUCCCCUGCCUCUUCACUUCCUGACGCGACCACGCCCCGCCCCGCCCCCGUCUAUCUCCCCGACAUGCGUCCGUCCUCGUCCAAUCAUUUCUUAGACAACGAGCUUAUGGGCGGGACCGCCACGUUCGCCAACCCCAAAGCUGCCAAUCUGGACGCCGACUCCCCGGACAGCGGGCACAAAGAGAUGUCUUCGGAGAGCCUCGUCUACAGCCUUACCAACGGCGACGCCAGCGGUUGGCUGAAUCCCUACGGAUGUCCCGCCCCCUCUAUGACGUCGUCCAAUCAUGAGUCAAACGUCAGAGCGGAGAGCGGCGUGAAUGGCUGGCUGAGCCCCGCUCGCUCCUCCUCCUCCCCGCCCUCGUCCUCCCCCAGCAAGAGCAGCACACUGAAGGGUGGGAGCACGAGUAGUGUGGAUAAUCAGGGUGUCGUUCCCCCCGACACCGGCCUCCACUGCCCCUCCCCUUCUUACAGCAGCAGCAACAACAACAUGAGUAGUAUCAGCAGCUGCAGCAGCAGCAACAGCAACAGCAACAACAACAACAACAACAAUAAUAAUAAUAGCAACAACAAUAAUGAAACGUAUGUCUCACGUUCGGCUAACUUCUACCGUUCGCCUUCUGCAAAUUCUCCAGCCGCACGGAAAGAGGCUUCAGAUAGAGUCAAGCUUAUCUCUCCCAUAAACACACAGGGUUCACACUUAGAUUUGAACCCCCGUGGUCUCCAACACAUGGACGACAAGCCUUCUGCCUCACCCUCCUCCUCCUCCCUCUCUUCUGGCGGUCUUAUGAUCGCCUCAUCAAUGUCCGCCUCGUCGACCACGGCAACUUCUCUCAUCUCCUCUACAUCGUCGUCUCUCUCUUCUUCUUCUGGAGCAGCCCCCAAACUAGAUCCCCCGCCCAAGUUUCGACGCACAUCGAGACCGAUCGAGCGAUGGGAGAGGGGGAGCUGGUAUGGUUCUCAGUUCCCGGACAACCCUCUAGCGAUGACAUCAGACAGUGACUACUACUCCGCGUAUGCUACCAGCAGCGUCGGAAGCAACAACAGCAAAGGAGGAGGGGGAGGAGGAGGAGGAGGAGGAGGAGUUGGUGGUGGUGGUGUUGGUGGUGCUCUUGGUGCUGGGGGAGGGUUAAGCAGUAGCUACGUUGGUGGUGGUGGUGGUGGUGGCGUGGUGCUGCGCAACCACAACCGCAACAACAGCAACGCCAGCAGCUGCAGUAGCAGCAGCAAUAACAUCGCGGCCGGCGGCGCUUUCCGAUACAGUGACUCCAGCGCUCGUUCGUCUCUAUGCAGCGACAACCGUGACUCCACGGCUUCCUACAACGCUCUCAGACAGAGGCUGGAGCUGAAAAUUAAUGAUCUGAACACUGCCCAACAACAACAACAACAGCAACAACAUUCACAAUCACCUCACCACCACCAACAACACCAACAGCCACAGUCGCAGAGAGCUUGGAAGAAUCCAUUUAGUCCUGUCAAAUCUGGAAGAUCUUUAACCGAUCCAAACGUUCUUGCAAACUCCUUUGAAAUUGAUCCAACUGCUGAAGCCAAUGGAAAGUCCCCCUCAGCCUCAGGUGGUUGGAUAACUUCAGGGAGUUCUCAUGAGGCUCCAGGAAACCUUGACCGUCCUAGGAGUUCCCCAGGAGCGCGAGGCGGUCCAGGGAUCGCCAAAGCAUUUUCUGGGGCUGGCUCUAGUUCAUGGGAAGUGGAUGGACUAGAUCUUAGUGUACCAGGAGAUUGUAAAUGCUAG